AUGUUCCAGGCCUCGGGACCUGCCAGCCCCACCCCAACUCUAGAGGCAAAGAGCAGCGCAGGAGGCAGCACCGUGCAGCGCUCCAAGUCCUUCAGCCUGAAGGCACAAGUGAAGGAGAUGUGCACUGCCUGCCAGAAAACCGUCUACCCCAUGGAGCGGCUGGUGGCCGACAAGUUCGUCUUCCACAACGCCUGCUUCUGCUGCAAGCACUGCCACACCAAGCUCAGCCUGGGCAGCUACGCGGCGCUCCAUGGGGAAUUCUACUGCAAGCCCCACUUCCAGCAGCUCUUCAAGAGUAAAGGCAACUACGACGAGGGCUUCGGGCGCAAGCAGCACAAGGAGCUGUGGGUGCACAAGGAGGUGGAGAGUGGGACCAAGUCGGCGUGAGCGGGGCCGGCUCAGCCUCCCCUGGAGCCCAGCAGAGACAGUCCGGAACGGUGCUGA